AAUAUGAUUCAAGCUUUGAAGCAGUUGUGUGGAAGCAGUAUUGAGCUUAGGUCUCUGUUCGUAAAUUGUGUUUCACUCUUCUGUAACUUUAGUUCUUUUGACACAAAAAUGUCGAAAUACACGAUUGUUAUGGUACGUCAUGGAGAGAGCGAAUGGAAUCAGUUAAAUCUUUUUUGUGGAUGGUAUGAUGCCAAUCUAUCCGAUAAAGGAAAAAAUGAGGCACUUUCUGCAGGGAAAGCAAUCAAAAAUGCUGGUUUAACUUUUGAUGUUGCUCAUACGUCGGUAUUAACAAGGGCUCAAGAAACUCUGAAAUCAAUUCUUAAAGAAGCAGGACAAGAAAGCAUUCCUGUUAAUAAAACAUGGCGCUUGAACGAACGUCAUUAUGGAGGUUUGACUGGAAUGAACAAAGCUGAAACAGCUGCUAAAUACGGCGAGGAACAAGUACAAAUUUGGAGAAGAUCUUUCGAUGUACCGCCUCCUCCUAUGGAACCGGAUCACAAAUAUUACGAAGCGAUAGUGAAGGAUCCAAGAUAUGCUAACGAACUCAAACCAGAAGACUUUCCUAAGUUUGAGUCUCUAAAAUUAACAAUCGAAAGGACAUUACCAUAUUGGAACAAUACUAUUAUUCCACAGUUGAAAGAAGGAAAGAAAAUUAUCAUCGCUGCUCAUGGAAACAGUUUACGUGGCAUAGUCAAGCAUUUAGACCAAAUGAGCAAUGAACAAAUAAUGGGUUUAAAUCUACCAACUGGUAUUCCAUUCGUUUACGAGUUAGAUGAAAAUCUUAAGCCAGUUGUAUCUAUGAAAUUCUUAGGCGACGAAGAAACUGUAAAGGCUGCUAUAGCUGCAGUCGCCGCGCAAGGAAAAGCUAAGUAAAACUAAAAGAAUUUAUCGUAAAAUGCGAACUCCAUCACUGUGCAUACAUGAAAACUGUUAACUUGUUUUUAGUUUCGUUGUUAUAACACACUUAGCUGUGUACAAAAAAAACACGUUUAUAAAAGAAAACAAAGUAACAAAUUUAAGUAUUGUAAUUUAUUGAUAAGAAUAUUUAUUU